AAAUUUCCAAAGAAAAGAUUUUCAAAUUGGAGGUUAGGUUUUAAAUAUUAGCAAUAAUCAUUUUACAAAUUAUUUAUUGAUGUUCACUGUGAUAACCAGAAUUAUUAAGUUGUAGAAUCCCUGAUAAAGAUCAGGUGUAUUUCAAUAAGGUAACUACUAUUUAGAACUAUGAACCGGUUGAUUAAAAUAAUAUCUGUUAAUUUAUCUAUGAUAUAUUAUCGGACGCCAAGUACUUCUAAUCAUUAUUGUACCAGUAAACUACUAUUCAAAAACAUUCCAUUAAAGAUGUCCGACGAUUUCCCCAAGCCGGUGGAGACAGCUAUGAGAACCAAACUUGCUGAGAAGCUCACUCCUGUACAUUUAGAGAUCAUCAAUGAAUCAUUUAUGCACAACGUUCCAAAAGGCGCUGAAUCGCAUUUCAAAGUGGUGGUGGUGUCAGAUAUUUUCAACGACCUGCCAUUAUUAAAGAGACACAGGCUAGUGAAUGAAAUUUUAGAUUAUGAGUUGAAGAAUCAAGUUCAUGCGUUAUCAAUUGUGGCCAAAACUCCGGAACAGUGGGAAGCAAGCAACAAGGAUGUGGAGGCGAGCCCAGCAUGUCGUGGUGGAUUUGGCAAAUGAACUGUUUGAGCUCUAUUUUAUUAAGGCAUCGUGUGAUAAUUACUGUGUAGAUGUCACGGCUAUGAUUGUUAUUAAUUUUAGUGAUUGUAAUCAUUGAAGCUCAAUUUGUUACACCUGUGAAAAUAGCAUCCUGGGGAAUUAAUUUUUGCAAUAAAAUUAAUGUAUUAUUAUUGUAAUUGAAUAUUAUGAUCCUGAUUAAUUUCAUUUGCAAUUCCAUGGUGACUCACUUAAUUAUUGAUUACCAACUGUAAUAAAUGUUUGUAAAAUUCUAUAUUACAAUUUCAAUCUAAAUGGAAAAAAGUA